CAAAUCCGCUGGCCAUGCGACGCGCCAUAUCAGACGGCCAGCAGCACGCAGUGCAGAAGGCGGCCUUAGCCGCCGUUGAUGACGCGCCGUUGUGCGACCAGGGCUUCGCUCUGGUUCGCGGAGAGAAAGGCGAGAGGGGCCCGCGUGAGCCCGUGCCCGACGCCAAUGGUGCGAAGCCGUCGCCACCUCCGGCGGAUUCGAGCCAAGAAACUUCCGAAAAAGGCGCCACGGCGGAUACGACUAGCAUCGCGGCUUUAGACGCGUCUACGGACCGCGAACUGACAGGGGCAGGCGACGCAGCGUGUGAGACGGAGACGUGCGGUCCUGUGCAGGGCGGCGGUACGCUCGAAGAGAAAGCGGAGUCGGGGGAGGCGGGAAGCGCUAACGAAAGUAGCCGAAUAGCGCUCGAGAAACCGGGGGAGGGGACGGCGGAGGGGCAGCAGGCGGCGGGGCGGGGGCGGCUGCGUGAGCUGGUGCGGCGGGCGGAGGUGCAGCGGCGGGUGAUGGGGUACCUGGACGUGGGCAAAGAGGUGGCGCGCAGCGUCGAGCGCCAGCAGCUCUUGCACCGCCUGCAGCACGUGGUGCUGGCGCCAGGGGGCGCGGGGCAGGGGGCUGCGAAACAGGGGGGCGUGGGGCAGGGGGGCGCGGGGCUGGGAUUUAAGGAGCACGCGGGCCAUGGGGACAGGGAGCACGGAGGCGCUGCUGGCAACUCCCAGCCCCACCAUGGCCCCGCGGCACCGCAUGGGCCCAGCGUGGCACUGCAUGGGGCCCACGUGGCACAUCAUGCAGAACAGCACGCCCUGACGGAGCGUGUGCCCCUGCACGACGCCCCCCGGCACCACGUGCUGGGCGCCGUGGCGCUGGGCGGCGGGCGGGUGCAGCAGCUGCAGGCGGAGGGGGGGGGUGGGGAGGGCAUGGGGCGCGACGAGAGCACGAACAGCAACAUGGGCGCGGCGGAGUGGCUGGAGGGGUGUCUGGAGGACGAGGAGGAGUGGCAGCGGUGGCGCAUCGACCCGCAGCAGCUGGUGAUCAAGGAGUUCAUCGCGCGGGGGACUUAUGGCUCCGUACACCGCGGGGAGUACAAGGGCAAACAGGUCGCAGUGAAGCUGAUGGAUUGGGGCGAGGUGGACAAGGCGUCGCGCGCCAAGCUCACGUUCCUCAGAGACGUGUUUGCGCAGGAGGUGCUUGUUUGGAGCACGCUGCAGCACAAGAACAUCUGCCAGUUCGUGGGCGCGCUGCUGGGUGGGCCAGACUCGUACUGCUUGCCGUCCACGGUGGAGGACCACAGGGGCGUGCUGCGCGUGGGCAGCCACGUGUGCUGCGUGGUGCUGGAGUACCUGGCGGGUGGCACGCUCAAGCACGUGCUCAUCAAGCACUACCACCGCAAGCUCUCCGUGCAGCGCGUCGUGCACAUCGCUCUGGACAUCGCUGAGGGGUUGGAGUACCUGCACUCUCGGGGCAUCGUGCACCGAGAUGUCAAGUCCGACAACAUGCUGCUGGACAAGCACCACAGGGUGGUGAAGAUAGCUGAUUUCGGGGUGUCGCGGGUGCAGUCGGAGGACAGCACCAUGCACCACAAGACUGGCACCUACGGCUACAUGGCACCCGAGGUGUUGAAGGAGCGGCCGUACGACCACAAGGCGGACGUGUACAGCUUUGGCAUCCUGCUGUGGGAGGUGUACUGCUGCGACAACCCCUUCCCCUACACCGACCUCGACCCCGACGAGAUCGCCUCCACGGUGAACCAGGGCUUGCGGCCGGACAUCCCGUCGUGCUGCCCGCCGCAGCUGGCGGACUUGAUGAGGCGGUGCUGGCACCGGGAGCCCGGCAGACGGCCCGACAUGAGCGAGGUGGUGCGCAAGCUCAAGGCCUUCGACUGCCGCCACGCCACGCCCAUGCGCCCCGUGGAGGACGAGUCGUCGUGUGCGGUCAUGUGAAGAUAGGAGGUCAUGUGAAGAUAGGUCAUGUGAAGAUACGAGGUCAUGUGAAGAUAGGUCACUGUCAAUACCGGCGGUGUUAGUGCGAUGCUGGCCAUAGGGACCUCACGUACACUCCACGCACGUGCCGCCCUUGGAAGACGGGGCGUUGUGUGCGCUCCUGUGAAUAUAGAGGGCACUUGCACGUUUGCCAUGCAUGCGAGGGCGAGGGGGCAGAUCUCCGGACAUAAUUCCAGUGAGCGCAUUUAGAAAGGCGGUUUAACAAGUAGGAAAGAGUUGUAAAAACGCUAUGCUUAUGCUACCUACCAAUAGUUUUAGGAAAGCAGGAGCUCUUCUCUUAACAGCAAAGUUAACAU